UGGUAAGUCCUAUUGUGGGUCAAAGGUGAAUAGCAGUCAUGGCUGAGGCAACCAGCAAGAGGGUGGUGGGCGAAUCUGCUGCCAACAAAAAAGACAAGAAAUCUGGCGAGAAAGUCGACACUGUUCCACCAAUAGACGAAGAGGAGUACCAACUGCGUAAGAGACUCCCACGGAAGCUUCCUAAACGGAAGAAUGACAUCUACAUCAACAUGCAGUCCAACUUCAAGGGCCAGUUGGAGAGAGCUCAGAGGAUGCUGGAUGCAGGCUCCAAUGAAGUCUUCAUCCAUGGACUUGGCCAUGCCAUCAAUCGAGCCAUCAACAUAGCGCUACAGCUUAAGGCUAGAGGGCUGGGGACGAUUGAGGUGUCUACCAACACGUCCACAGUGGAACUGAUCGAUGACUUGUAUCCGGAAAAAGACGACGUGUCAUCUGAGGUUCAGUCAAGGAACAAUUCAGCUGUUCACAUCAGGGUCUUCAGACUCAGUUCCUGAUGGAAUGUUGCUUCACUAUUGGUACUGUGAUGAACAUCACUCUUGGUGGCUAUUGGUCACUGUGGCAAUUCGAUACAAACAAGUCCCAUUGAUUGGUCAAGACUCAUCAUCAUCAUCAUCAACAUCCUCGUCUCAGGGUUAAAGGUCACCAAUGAAGGAGGAACCCUCCUUGUUUGCCUGUAGUUGCUGUUGUAAGACUCAAGACUAUGUUGACUUUUAACAAACUAUCUUAUCAUAAAAUUUGACUGUUUUGUAGAAAAUGUCAACUAUGACUAUGGUGAGACCUUGCUGAUGAUCUUCCAGUGAAACAGUUCAUUAAGACUAUUCGUUAACUAAAACUUAUGUGCAUUAAUUUUACUUUAGCAAUGAUUUUGCUUUGUGAUUCAGAUUUGCAGGUAAAACAAUUCUGUUUUACAGUAGUACAAGGGAGGCAUACAAUGUAUUUGAGGUGUGAGGAAUUUGUAAUGAAAAGGUCACUGCAAAAAUAAAACCACUGCAAAAGUUUCAAGAUAUUACUAUGGAAACCCAUACGUUCUGGUCACCUCUAUCAUGCU